AUGUCCAAAGUACAAAAACAACGCGUACAAACCUACGGUAGAAAGAAAACAGCAACAGCAGUCGCUGUCUGUCAACAAGGUCAUGGCUCAAUUCGUGUUAAUGGUCGACCUUUACAUCUAGUUGAACCUCAAGCACUUCGUUUUAAACUUGAAGAGCCAAUCUAUCUUCUUGGCCGAGAUAAAUUUUCGAACGUUGAUAUACGUGUACGUGUCAAAGGUGGUGGUCGUAUCGCACAAGUCUAUGCUAUUCGUCAAGCAUUAGCUAAAUCGAUUGUUUCUUACAAUCAAAAAUUCGUUGAUGAAGCAACAAAGAAACAAAUCCGUGACAUUCUCGUCCAAUACGAUCGAUCAUUACUUGUUGCUGAUCCACGACGCUGCGAACCAAAGAAAUUCGGUGGUCCAGGUGCCCGUUCAAAAUACCAAAAAUCGUACCGUUAA